AUGAGCAUCCCUUCUCUAAAAUUCGUUUCUGAAUGUUUCAUCAAACCGCAUCCCCCAAUCGAAGACUCGAACCAAAUCUGCUAUUUAGCACCUUGGGAUAUUUUAAUGUUAUCUGCACACUAUAUCCAAAAGGGCCUCCUCUUCAAAAAACCAACAUCAUCACCGGUUAAUCAACCAUAUUUUAUCGAGAAUCUGUUGAAAAAGCUUAAACACACUCUUUCACUCACACUUUUCCAUUUCUAUCCUCUUUCAGGCCGUCUUGUUACCAAGAAAACCCAAGAUCCUCAUUCUUACACUGUCUUUGUUGAUUGCAUAAACAGUCCUGGAGCUAAAUUUAUCUAUGCAACUUUAGAUAUCACCAUAGAUGAUAUCCUAUCUCCCAUUGAUGUUCCACCCAUUGUUCAAUCGUUUUUCGACCAUCACAAAGCAGUCAACCAUGAUGGUCACACCAUGUCUUUGUUGUCCAUCCAAGUCACUGAAUUAUUGGAUGGUGUCUUCAUAGGUUGUUCCGUGAACCACUCUCUUGGUGAUGGAACUGCUUAUUGGAAUUUCUUUAACACUUUUUCUGAAAUAUUUCAAGAUGACACUAAUACUAAUCCUCUUUCAAUUUCACACCAACCCAUCCACAAUAGGUGGUUUCCUGAAGGUUAUGGUCCAAUUAUUAACCUUCCUUUCAAACAUCACAACGAGUUUAUUCAAAGAUAUGAAGCACCGAUUUUGAGAGAGAGAAUCUUUCAUUUUUCAGCAGAAUCUAUAGCAAAACUUAAAGCAAAGGCUAACAAAUACUCUAACACAAACAGAAUAUCUUCUUUCCAAUCUUUAUCAGCACUAGUUUGGAGAUCUAUAACCCGUGCGCGUCAACUACAACAGGAUCAGAAAACAACUUGCAACUUGGCUAUAAACAACCGAACCAGAAUGGAACCCCCUAUUCCUGAGGAUUAUUUUGGGAAUUUAAUCCAUGCAGUGAGUACUGAUACGACGGUAAAGGAACUGCUAGAGAAUGAUCUAGGAUGGGCAGCUUGGAAGGUCCAUCUGGCUGUUGCGAAUCAUAAUGACAAAGUGGUGCGGGGAUCGGUGGAAAAAUGGUUAGAGUCUCCUAUUGUGGUUCGAAUCGACAUGAUAUUGGAUCCUAGUACUGUUAUGAUGGGUAGUUCACCGAGGUUUAAUAUGUAUGGAAAUGAAUUUGGAAUGGGAAAAGCUUUAGCAGUUAGAAGUGGUUAUGCUAACAAAUCUGAUGGAAAAGUAACAUCAUAUCCAGGACAAGAAGGUGGAGGGAGUAUAGAUCUUGAAGUGUGUCUUUCACCAGAUACUAUGAUGGUCCUAGAAUCGGAUGAAGAGUUCAUAAAUUCAGUUUCACUGUUUAAUCAUUCGUUCUAG